AUGAAAUGCUUUGUGCUUUCCCUGAGCUUGGGCUUCUGGUUUCAGAUCAUUGAGACAUUGAUCUUGGCCUAUUUAACUUCCAUAUCGCUGGCUGCCUCACAGGGUCUUUUCCCAAGACUAGAGAAUGUGGGAGCUUUCAAGAAGGUAUCUAUUGUGCCACCCGCAGCAGUGUGUGGACGCCCAGGCCCAAGCUCCUUCUGUCAAAGCUCCGCAGCUGCUGAAAGUCUCCAGUCGUGCUCCCUGAGGUUCUGCACGCAGGAUUGUCCCCACCGCUCUUCAGCGCCCUCCUUCACCGCCCUCCUCUCCACCGGCCCCAGGAGCUGCAUGAGAGCAGACGGGACUGAUCUGCACCCUCGCGCCCAUGGCAACUCAACCAGUUUUAUCUUUGGAAAUUACACAAAUUGCUCUUCUUCUUUUCCAUCUCUGAGAAUGGCAGCCGAAUUCACUUUAGCUGUGUGGCUGAAACCUGAGCGGGAAGGUGUCAUGUGUGUGAUAGAAAAGACGGUGGAUGGGCAGCUUGUGUUCAAACUUGCAAUAUCUGAGAAAGAGACCAUGUUUUAUUAUCGCACAGUAAAUGGUUUGCAGCCUCCAAUAAAAGUAAUGACACUGGGGAGAAUUCUUGUGAAGAAAUGGAUUCAUCUAAGUGUGCAGGUGCAUCAGACAAAAAUCAACUUCUUUAUUGAUGGUCUGGAAAAGGACGGCACAGCUUAUGAUGUCAGAACCCUACGUGGCCCCAUUUCAGAUCCUGUCACCAGUGCUGUGCAAAUAGGUCAUACAUUCCAUGGUUUAGAACAGUUUGUUGGAAGAAUGCAAGAUUUUCGGUUUUAUGAAGUGGCACUUACAAACAGAGAAAUUCUGGAACUUUUCUCUGGAGAGCUGCUCCACUUGCACACCCAGCCCCACUGCCGCUGCCCAGGCAGCCAUCCUCGAGUGCACCCUCUGGUCCAGCGGUACUGCAUUCUCAAUGGCGCCCAAAACACCACCGUCCAUCACGUUUCGCGGCUGAAUCCUGAAGCCCACCCUCUCUCCUUCAUCAAUGAUAAUGACAUUGGUACUUCAUGGGUUUCCCAUGUGUUCACAGACAUUACCCAGCUCAGUCAAGGAGUGGCUAUUACAGUGGACUUGGAGAAUGGGCAGUAUGAGGUGUUCCACAUCAUCCUCCAGUUCCUCAGCCCACUGCCCACCGCCAUCAGGAUCGAGAGGAAGAAGGGGGGCAGUUCCGCCUGGGAGGACUGGCAGUAUUUUGCUCAGAAUUGCAGUACCUUUGGGAUGAACAACAACGGAGAAUUAGACAAUCCUGAUUCUAUCAACUGCCUUCAGCUUUCUAACUCUACCCCACUUUCCCAUGGGAAUAUCACUUUGAGCAUCCUGACACCUGGAUCAAAGCGUCGUCCUGGGUAUAAUGACUUCUAUAAUAGUCCAUCACUUCAGGAGUUCGUGAAAGCCACACAAAUCAGGCUUCACCUCCAUGGACAGUACUAUACAACAGAGACUUCAGCUGACCCGAGACACAGAUACUAUGCAGUGGAUGAAAUCACCAUAAGUGGGAGGUGCUGGUGCCACGGCCAUGCUGAUGCCUGUGACACGACGAGCCGGCCAUACAGAUGCCUCUGCUCUCAGGACAGCUUCACUGAAGGGCUGCAUUGUGACCGCUGCUUGCCUCUUUACAAUGACAAGCCUUUCAGGAGAGGACAUCCGGGUCACACUUUCCACUGCAAGCCUUGUCAGUGCCAUGGCCACUCCAGGAGCUGCCACUACAAUAGCUCUGUGGACCCGUUUCCUGAGGAGCACCUGCAAGGGGGAGGAGGAGUGUGUGAGGAGUGCCAGCACCACACCACAGGAAGGAACUGUGAGCAGUGCCAGGAUUACUUUUUCCGGCAAGUUGGUGCAGAUCCUUCAGCUGUGGAUAUUUGCAUGCCCUGUGACUGCCACCCGGCUGGCUCCAGGAAUGGAAGCCUCCUCUGUGACCAGAUUGGAGGGCAGUGUGAUUGUAAGCGGCAUGUUUCUGGCAGACAGUGCAGCCGGUGCCAGGAUGGAUUCUACGACCUCCGGGCGCUGAAUGCUGAUGGCUGCAGACCCUGUAACUGCAAUCCCUCUGGGACCGUGGAUGGAGAUAUUACCUGUCACCAAAAUUCAGGCCAGUGCAUGUGCAAAGCAAACGUUAUUGGGCUUAGAUGUGAUCGCUGCGAUUUUGGGUAUAAAUUUCUCCAGAGUCUUAAUGAAGAAGGAUGUGAACCCUGCUUAUGUAGCAUCUCUGGAUCAGUGAACCAACUGUGCAAUCCAUUUUCUGGCCAGUGUGAAUGCAAAAGAGAAGCCAAAGGCCUAACGUGUGACACUUGCAAAGAAAACUUUUACGGGCUGGAUAUCGCUGGUUGCAAGGCCUGUGAGUGUGAUGCAGCUGGGUCCCUCCCCGGAACUGCCUGUGAUCCUGAGACAGGGCAGUGCAUCUGUAAGCCCAACUUUGGAGGGCGUCAGUGCAGUGAAUGCGUGGAGGGUUACUUCCAGCUACAGAAAAACAAUUCCUUCCUCUGCGUGCCUUGUGACUGCCAUGAAGCUGGAACAAUAAGUGGCACUCUGCGGUGUGAUAAAUCAACAGGGCAAUGUCCUUGCAAAUUAGGAGUGACAGGACUUCGUUGCAAUCAGUGUGAGCCUCACAGGUACAAUUUGACAAUGGGUAAUCUUCAAGGCUGCCAGAUGUGUGAGUGUGACUCUUUGGGGACAUUGCCUGGAACCAUUUGUGAUCCAAUCAGUGGCCAAUGUCUCUGUUUGCCUAAUCGUCAAGGAAGAAGGUGUAAUCAAUGUCUACCAGGUUUUUAUAUUUCUCCUGGCCUUGCCACGGGCUGCCAGCCAUGCUCGUGCCACACAGCCAGUGCAGCCAGCCACAUCUGUGACGGCCUUACUGGGCAGUGCACCUGCCAGGAUGCUUCCACUGCUGGGCAAAGCUGUGACCAAUGUGCAGACCAUUACUUUGGAUUUGUUCCUCAGACUGGAAGGUGCCAGCCUUGUAAUUGCCAUCUCUCGGGAGCUGUAAAUGAAACCUGUGAUGUGGUCACAGGCCAGUGUUUCUGUAAACAGUAUGUCACUGGUUCUAAGUGUGAUGCCUGUAUUACCAAUGCAAGCCACUUAGAUGUCCUCAAUCCCUUGGGCUGCAGCAAAACUCCAUCCCAGCAACCUCCACCCAGAGGACAAGUUCAGAGUUCUUCUACCAUCAAUUUAUCCUGGAGUCCACCUGAUUCUCCAAACACCCACUGGCUUACUUACUGCUUAUUCCGGGAUGGUUCUGAGAUCUACACAACUAAAGAUCAAUACCCAUAUAACACUCAGUUCUUCUUAGACACUGGCCUGUCACCAUAUACCUCCUAUUCCUACUACAUACAGACCUCCAGUGUGCAGGGCUCAGUCAGGAGUGCAACUGUCAUUUAUAGAACAAAUCCAGGGAUCCGCAAUGAACACCUGAACUUAACUUACAUCAUUCCUGUCAGCCCUGAUUCAGUGACGCUUACCUGGAGUGCUCUUCCCAGUUAUUCUGAUCCUAUAGAGAAGUACAUUUUAUCCUGCCAGCCAGUGGACCACCACAUUCAGCCAUGUGCUUCCUAUGAAGGUCAGGACACCUCCGUUACCAUCUGGAAUCUGGUUCCAUUCACCCAGUACCACUUUGCUGUACAGGGGUGUACUAAUGGGGGCUGUGUCCACAGCUUGCCUGUGUUGGUAACCACAGCCCAGGCACCUCCACAAAGGCUGAGUCCACCUGAGGUAUGGAAAGUCAGCUGCACAGAACUUCAUGUUGAAUGGUCUCCACCAGUAGAACCUAAUGGAAUAAUUACAAGGUAUGAACUAUAUAUGAAACAACUGGAAUCUGCUAAAGAAAUCCAAGUGUUUCAGAGCGAUGGCUGGCUUAAUCCUCACCCAUCUGCAGAACCAGCCAAUGAGCACACCCACGCUCCUCCUGAAGCUACUGCAUCCGUCACUGGCUUGGAACCAUUCACUGAGUAUGCAUUCAGAGUCUCAGCCACAAACAUGGCUGGCAGCGUGUCUUCAGCCUGGGUGUCAGAAAGAACAGGAGAAUCAGAGCCUGUGUCCGCAUUCCCUCCUUCAGUCUUCCCACUGUCAUCACACUCUCUCAGAGUCACCUGGGAGAAGCCAGCAGAAAAUGUUACAAGAGGAAAAGUUGUGAGGUAUGACAUCAACAUGGUUUCUGAACAGUCACCCCAGGAAGACACUCCAGUGAUGUUUUCAAAGCUCUUGUACACUGCUAAGCCCCAAGACUUGUCAUAUAUUGUAGAGGGACUCAGACCCUACAGGAUCUACACAUUUACUAUUUCUCUGUGCAACUCAGUGGGUUGUGUGACCAGUGCUUCAGGAGCAGGCCGAACUUUAGCAGCAGCUCCUGCCCGCCUCAAGCCUCCUGUGGUAAAAGGAGUCAACAGCACCACCAUGUACCUCAGGUGGUCUCCCCCUGCAGAAGUCAAUGGCCCACGUCCUACAUACCAGCUGGAAAGAAGACAGUCAGCUCUACCAGCACCCACUGCUACCAUGACAAAAGGUACCCGUUUCACGGGAAAUGGGUAUUGCAAAUUCCCCAGCACCAGUCAUCCCCUCAAUACAGACUUCACUGGCAUUAAAGCCAGCUUCCGAACAAGGGUGCCUGAAGGUUUGAUUAUCUUCGCCACUUCCCCUGGUAACCAGGAAGAAUAUUUUGUAUUGCACUUAAAAGAUGGACGUCCUUAUUUUCUUUUUGAUGCCCAGGGAUCACCAGUGGAAGUCACCACAACAAAUGACCAUGGCAAACAGUACAGCGAUGGACAAUGGCAUGACGUCAUUGCUGUCAGGCACCAGGCUUCUGGCCAGAUCACUCUGGAUGGGCAGUAUACAGGCUCCUCGGCCUCCCCGAAUGGUAGUACUGUUAUGGGAGAAAGCUCCGGAUUGUUCGUGGGUGGGCUGCCACCAGGUCACACUGUCCUCAGGAAGGAGCUUGAGACAAUCCAAAAAGGCUUUGUGGGCUGUCUCAAGGAUGUGUACUUUAUGAAGAAUUACAACCCCUCCGCUAUCUGGACACCUCUGGACUGGCAGAGUUCUGAGGAGCAAGUGAAUGUGCAGCACAGCUGGGAGGGGUGUCCUUCUUCCUUGGACGAAGGAGCCCGGUUCUUGGGAUCAGGAUUCCUGGAGCUUCGCCCACAUGUGUUUCACGGUGAAACGGACUUUGAGAUUUCUCUCAAAUUCAGAACGGACCAACUCACUGGACUACUCCUUUUCAUCUACAACAAAGAAGGGCCGGAUUUUCUUGCUAUGCAGCUGAAGAGUGGACUCUUGAGCUUACAGCUGAAUUCCAGUCUCACCUUUACACAAGUGGACCUCUGGCUGGGGCUGUCCUAUUGUGAUGGGAAGUGGCAUAAAGCCAUUGUUAAAAGGGAAGGCUCCAUCUUGUCUGCAAGCAUGAAUGAGCUGGUUGAACGCUCCUCCGAAGCCGGAUCCCAGCCCCUGGUGCUGAACUCAGCUGUCUAUGUGGGUGGAAUCCCACUGGAGCUACAGGACAACUACCGACAGCUGAGUUUGGAACAAGGUUUCGGUGGUUGCAUGAAGGAUGUGAAAUUUACACGUGGUGCUGUCGUUAACUUGGCAUCUGUGUCCAGCAGCGCUGUCAGAGUCAAUCUGGAUGGAUGUCUGUCAGCUGCCAGCACUGGUAACUGCAGGGGAAAUGACUCCAUCCUGGUUUACCAGGGAAACGAGGGCACUGUUUAUGAGCACAGGCUCCAACCCUUUACAGAAUACCUGUAUCGCGUUUUGGCCUCACAUGAAGGUGGUUCAGUGUAUAGUGAUUGGAGUCGCGGACGUACAGCAGGAACAGCUCCACAAAGUGUGCCAACUCCCUCAAGAGUCCGCAGCAUAAAUGGAUAUAGUGUUGAGGUGACCUGGGAUGAACCUGUUGUGCUUAGAGGUGUGGUGGAGAAGUGCAUUCUAAAAGCCUACAGUGAAGAUGGCUUCCACACACCACAGACACCCAGUGCCACUGCUGACAUUGUCAACCCCGCUGCUUCCUCAGGCACACUGACUGGCCUGCACCCCUUCCGCAGCUACGCAGUCACCCUAACGGCUUGUUCUCUGGCGGGCUGCACUGAGAGCUCACAUGCAUUGAACAUCUCUACUCCACAAGAAGCCCCACAAGAGGUUCAGCCACCAGUAGCCAAGGCUCUUCCCAAUUCCUUGCUGCUCAGCUGGAAGCCUCCUGAACAAGCCAAUGGGAUCAUUACUCAGUAUUCCUUAUUCAUGGAUGAGCGGCGGAUCUAUUCAGGCAGCAGGGAGAAUUACACAGUCACAGAUGUUGGGGUGUUUACCCCCCACCAUUUUUUACUCAGUGCAUGCACACAUGUGGGGUGCACAAACAGCUCCCGGGUCAUCCUGUACACAGCACAGCGGCCUCCUGAACAUGUGGAUCCCCCAGUUUUGACUGUCUUGGAUUCUAGAACAAUCCAUAUACAGUGGAAACAACCAAGGAAACUCAAUGGAGUCUUUGAGUCCUGUACAUUAUAUAUUGCAAGUCCUACACGUAAUUCUACCAUUUGGAAGACCAUUUACAACAGUUCUGAAAACUCCCAGGAUCACAUGCUUCAGAACCUUUUGCCUGGCAAAAAAUAUCUCAUCAAGUUGGAAGUUUGCACAGGUGGCGGCUGUACAGUGAGUGAACCCAGUGAGGCCUUGAUGGAGGAGAUGGUUCCGGAAGGUGUGCCAGCCCCCACAGCCCUCUCCUCCUCUCCCGACUCCUUUAACAUCUCUUGGACUGAGCCCGAGUAUCCGAAUGGUGCUAUCACAUGUUAUGGAUUAUAUCUAGAUGGUAUAUUAAUUCACAAUUCUUCAGAACUCAGCUGUCCUGCCUAUGGAUUUGCUCCUGGGAGCUCACACUUCUUCCAAGUCCAAGCUUGCACAGCGAAAGGUUGUGCUCUGGGCCCACUGGUGGAAAAUCGAACUCUAGAAGCUCCUCCUGAAGGCACAGUAAAUGUGUUUGUCAAAACAGAAGGACCUCGGGAAGCCCACGUGAGGUGGGAAGCACCCUUAUACCCAAAUGGACGCUUAAACUAUUCAAUCCUUUUUACUGGGAUUUUCUAUGCUGAUCAAGCAGGUAUUAACUAUACCCUUCUCAAUGGCACUAAAACCAUCCACAGCAGUGAAGAGAACAAACUCUGGGCCCUCGUGGAUGACUUAGUUCCUUUCACCAACUAUACAGUCCAAGUCAGUGCUUCCAACAGCCAAGGGAGCGUGAGCAGUGACCCGGUUGUGAUUGGGAUGCCUCCGGGGGCUCCAGAUGGCCUGCUGCCUCCCAGGCUUGCAUCUGCCACUCCAACCAGUCUUCAGGUUGUCUGGUCUACACCAGCUCGUAACAAUGCUCCCGGCUCUCCCAGAUACCAACUCCAGAUGAGGCCUGGCCACCCCACACAUGGCUUUCUAGAACUGAUUCCGAUUCCUUCGGCAUCAUUGAGCUAUGAAGUGAGGGACCUGCAACCAUUCACAGAGUAUGCGUUUCGCUUGGUUGCCACCAACGGAUUUGGCAGUGCUCAGACUUCUUGGAUUCCAUUCCUGACUGCUGAGGACAAGCCUGGACCUGUAGACCCUCCGAUCCUCCUGGAUGUGAAGUCAAGAACGAUGUCCCUCUCCUGGCAACACCCCCUAAAGAGCAAUGGGGUUAUUAUGCACUACAACAUCUACCAGCAAGGCCAUCUACACCUGAGAUCCCCGGGAAAGGUCACAAACUGCACAGUUACGCACCUUCACCCAUACACUGCCUAUCACUUUCAGGUAGAAGCCUGCACUUCAAAAGGAUGCUCACUGUCACCACCGUCCCAGACCGUCUGGACACUGCCCGGGACUCCUGAAGGUAUCCCCAGUCCACAGCUGUUCUCAGACACUCCAACGUCAGUCGUCAUAUCUUGGCAACCUCCCGCCAGCCCCAAUGGCUUGGUGGAGAACUUCACAAUUGAAAGAAGAGCCAAAGGGAACGAAAAAGUCACCACCCUGGUGACUCUCCCAAGAAGUCAUCCAAUGAGGUUUAUCGACAAGGAUCCUGCCCUCAGCCCAUGGGCACAGUAUGAGUACCGGGUGCUGGUGAGCACUGUUGAUGGAGGCACCAACGGCAGCUCUUGGGUGGAAGUGACUACAAGACCCUCCCGGCCUGCAGGGUUACAGCCGCCCGUGGUGCACGUGCUGGGACCUGACGCAGCCAAGGUCGCUUGGGAACCCCCACUUAUUCCCAAUGGAGACAUACUGAGCUAUGAGAUCCGCAUGCCUGAGCCACGAGUGACUAUCACCAACAUAUCUUCCUCAGUGUUCAGUCACAUCGUCUCCCCCUUGGCUCCUUUCACUCGUUAUUCUGUGACAAUUGUUGCCUGCUCUGGGGGCAGUGGACACCCAGGGGGGUGCAUGGAGAGCCUGCCCACCUUUGUCACCACCCCCCCAGCCUCGCCUCAGGAAGUGGCUCCACUGUCAGUGGUUCCGCUAAGUGAAUCCUAUGUUGGGAUUUCUUGGCAACCACCAUCCAAACCAAAUGGACCUGAUUUGAGAUAUGAGCUUGUGAGACGUAAAAUUCAACAGCCACUUGCAUCAAAUCCCCCGGAAGAUUUAAAUCUGUGGCACAGUAUUUAUUCAGGAACUCGGUGGUUUUAUGAAGAUAAGGGUCUUAGCAGGUUUACAACCUAUGAGUACAAGGUGUUUGUACACAACAGUGUGGGUUUUACACCAAGCCAAGAAGUGACAGUGACAACCUUAGCUGGUCUUCCAGAGAGAGGGCCCAACCUCACCGUGAGCACUGUUAACCACACCGCCAUAGACGUGAGGUGGGCUAAACCAACUCUUCAAGACUUACAAGGUGAGGUUGAAUAUUACACGCUGUUUUGGAGUUGCUCUAACUCCAAUGAAUCUCUGAAAAUCCUACCAGAUGUAAACUCGCAUAUCAUUGGCCAUUUAACUCCAAACACAGAGUAUCGGAUUUUUAUCUCAGUCUUCAAUGGAGCCCACAGUAUCCGCAGCACAGAGCUGCAGGCAUCCACCUGUGAUGGAGAGCCUCAGGGCAUGCUGCCUCCAGAGGUUGUCAUCAUCAACAGUACAGCUGUACGUGUCAUCUGGACGUCUCCUUCAAAUCCAAAUGGUGUUGUCACGGAGUUUUCUGUCUAUGUAAAUAAUAAGCUCUACAAGACUGGAAUGGAUGUGCCUGGGUCUUUGAUUCUGAGAGACCUGUCUCCCUUCACUGUCUAUGAUAUUCAGGUUGAAGUCUGUACAGAAUAUGCCUGUGCUAAAAGUAAUGGAACCCAAGUCAGCACUGUGGAGGAUACCCCAAGUGACAUUCCAGCACCCACAAUCCACAGCAUAACUUCAAGAUCCCUUCAAAUAGACUGGAUGUCUCCGGGAAGUCCGAAUGGCAUCAUUCUUGGAUAUGAUCUCUUACGGAAAACAUGGCACCCGUGUCCUAAACCCCAGAAGCUGAAGGAGGGCCACAGGGCCCAGCACUGUAUGGCUGUGAAGUGCCAAAGCCCCAACCGUGUCUGUGGGCACACUUGCUAUUCCCCACAAACUAAGGUUUGCUGUGCUGGCGUUCUCUACGACCCUAGGCCCGGGCACCGCUGCUGUGAGGACAAAUACAUCCCGUUCCUCCUGCAUUCCACUGCGGCUUGUUGCGGUGGCCGAAUCCGAGAAGCGCGGAGCCAUCAUCAGUGCUGCUCCGGGUACUACGUCAAGCUUUUACCAGGUGAAGUUUGCUGUCCAGACGAGCAGAACAAUCGGGUCUCUGUCGGCCUUGGCGAUGCCUGCUGCGGCCGAAUGCCGUACGCCACCUCGGGAAACCAGCUGUGCUGCGCGGGGAGGCUGCACGACCGCCGCGGGCGGCAGUGCUGCGGGGGGCAGGUUGUGAGCCAAGACCUGCGGUGCUGCGGAGGAGGCGAGGAGGGCGAGCCACACGGACACCUCCCGGGGAUGUUCUGUUGUGGGCAGGAUUAUGUGAAUAUGUCAGAUACCAUAUGUUGCUCAGCCUCCAGUGGAGUGGUUAAAGCACAUGUUAGGAAGAAUGACCUGGUGCCAGUAAAAUGCUGUGAGACUGAACUGAUUCCAAAGAGCCAGAGCUGCUGUAAUGGACUGGGAUAUAAUCCUUUGAAAUAUGUUUGCUCUGACAAGAUUUCAGCUGGAAUGGUGAUGAAGGAAACCAAAGAGUGUCAGACUCUCUGCCCAGUGUCUAAGGAAGCCACAGCACACUGUGGCCAGUGUGACUUCAAUGCCAGCAGCCACGUUUGCACUGGAAUAAAAGGGCCUUAUGAUUCUACAGGGAAGACAUCGACUGGAGAGCUGUGUUCUUCCGCUGAAGAGACAGUUCAUUCGGGAAGUGUAGACACUCACUCCUUCACAGAUGUGAACCUUGAGCCCUACACAAUUUAUGACUACAGAGUUUCUGUGUGGAACAGCUAUGGGAGAGGAUUCAGCACAUACACUAGAGCCAGCACAAAAGAAGAUGUCCCUCAAGGAGUGAGGGCCCCAAGGUGGACCAAAAUAAGCAGUCCUGAGGAUGCCAUUGUACUCAACUGGAAGAAACCUAUCCAACCGAAUGGUCCCGUAAUUUACUAUAUUCUUCUACGAGAUGGAAUUGAAGUCUUUCGGGGAAUAUCGCUGAGUUUCACGGACCGUGAGGGGAUUGGACCUCUCCAGGAGCAUUCAUACCAGCUGCAAGCAUGCACGGCUGCAGGCUGCACAGCCAGUAGCAAGGUAGUUGCUGUUACGUCCCAAGGAGUUCCAGAGAGUGUCCCACCACCAAACAUCACAGCUCGGAGUGCGGAGACUCUGACCCUAAGCUGGAGUGUUCCCGAGAAACCAAACGGCAUCAUUAAAGAGUACCAGCUCUGGCUGGAUGGGAGGGGCCUCGUCCACACUGACGCCAGUGACAGGAGGCAGCAUACGGUCACAGGUCUCCAGCCACACACAAACUACAGCUUCACACUUACGGCUUGUACAUCUGCCGGAUGCACUUCCAGCGAGCCUUUUCUAGGUCACACACUGCAGGCAGCCCCUCAAGGAGUUUGGGUGACACCACGACACAUUAUCAUCAAUUCUACAACAGUGGAAUUAUAUUGGAAUCCUCCAGAAAAACCCAAUGGCCUCAUUUCUCAAUAUCAACUGACUCGUAAUGGAAGCUUGCUUUUCCUGGGUGGCAGUGAUGAACAGAAUUUCACUGAUAAAAACCUGGAGCCCAACAGCAGGUACAUUUACACGUUAGAAGCCAGAACCGAAGGAGGCAUUAGUUCCAGUGAUGGUUACAUCAUCCAGACACCUGUGUGGACGCCAGAAGACAUCCAUCCUCCACAUAAUGUCACAGUACUUGGACCUUAUUCCAUACUUGCAAAUUGGACACCACCAGGAAUCUUUAUUCCCGAUAUUCCUGUGGAAUACAAUGUCUUGCUCAAUGGUGGAAGUGUAACACCUCUGACCUUCUCAGCUGAGCACCGUCAAUCCGCCCUUCUGGAAAAUUUGGUUCCAUUCACACAGUAUGAGAUAAGGAUACAAGCAUGUCAAAAUGGAAGUUGUGGAGUUAGCAGUGGGAUAUCUGUCAAAACAUUGGAAUCAGCCCCCAGUGAUAUGACUCCCCCUCUUCUCAAGGCACUGGGGUCAUCUUGUAUAUCUGUCAAGUGGAGUCCACCCAGAAAGCCCAAUGGCAUCAUCACCAGCUACUUGGUUUACAGACGCCCUGCUGGCACUGACAAGGAGUCUCUUCUGUUCGUCUGGUCAGAAGGCUCGCUCGAGUUCACCGACAACACAGACACUCUGAGGCCUUUCACUCCGUACGAGUACCGGAUCAGAGCCCAGAACUCCAAGGGCUCAGCAGAUAGCCCAUGGUCCUUGGCACAGACACUGGAAGCCCCACCUCGAGACCUGCCAGCACCUUGGGCUCAAGCCAGUGGGGCUCACUCCGUGCUGCUGAACUGGACGAAGCCAGAAUGCCCCAAUGGCAUUAUCACCCAGUACCAUGUGGUCUACCAAGAGACACAAGAUGAGCCAACAUUUAGCAGCUCCACCAUGCAUGCUUUCACAGUGCUGGGAACCAGCCAUCAGGCCCAUCUUUUUGGGCUAGAACCAUUCACAACAUACCACAUUGCUGUGGUGGCUACCAAUAAUGCCGGAGAAGUUUUGAGCCCAUGGACACAGGUUCAAACUUUAGAGUCUUCCCCAAGCGGACUGAGCAACUUCACAGUAGAACACAGAGAGAGUGGCCGAGCCUUGCUACUCCAGUGGUCAGAGCCGAUGAGAACCAAUGGCGUGAUUAAGGAGUACAGCGUCUUCAGCGAGGGCAUCCUGGAGUACGCGGGCGCGGGCCGCCAGUUCCUCCUGCGGCGCCUGGCGCCCUUCACGCUCUACGCCCUGACCCUGGAGGCCUGCACCGCCGCGGGAUGUGCACGCUCGGGGCCCCAGCCUGUCUGGACACAGGAAGCCCCCCCAGACACUCAGUGGGCUCCUGAGGUCCAGUCUGUGGAGUCCACCAGAGUCCCGCUGCGCUGGAGAGAGCCUAAGAGCCCAAAUGGAAAGAUAAUUCGCUAUGAAGUGAUUCGCAGAUGCUUAGAGGAAAAGUCUUGGGGGAAUCAGACGAUUCAGGCCGAUGAGAAAAUUGUUUUCACCGAAUACAACACUGACAGGAACAUGUAUGAGUACAACGAUACAGACCUGCAGCCCUGGACACAGUGUGAAUAUCGAAUCUGCACGUGGAACUCCAUGGGACACACCUGUAGCCCUUGGCGUGCGGCGAGGACUCUGCCGGCACCUCCAGAAGGACUUUCUGCACCUGAGGUAACUUACCUGUCCACAGAUCCCUUGCGACUGUCCAUCUCCUGGAGCCCACCCACACGGCCACGUGGCAUGAUCCGGUCCUAUCAGCUUCAGAGGAACGGGGUGCUGUAUCCUUUCAGCUUCGAUGCCAUGACCUUAAACUACACCGACGACGCGGCGCUUCUUCCCUUCUCCAGCUACAGUUACGCCGUCCUCGCCUGCACGCCUGGAGGCUGCUCCACCAGCGCCGCGAAAACCCUCACGACCCCCGAGGCGGCUCCAUCCGGAGUCAGCCCUCCAGCUCUGUGGACCAUCGGGGCCAGCCAAAUAAAUGUGUCUUGGUCCCCGCCAUCAAGUCACAAUGGAAAGAUCACUAAAUAUUUGCUUAGAUGUGAUGAUCAGGAGUACUUUGCUGGGCAGAACCUGUCCUUCCUAGUUUCCCAUCUGCAACCUUACACUCAGUACAAUUUCUCCCUAGUAGCCUGUACAAAUGGAGGGUGCACAGUGAGUGAAUCCCAAUCUACCUGGACAAGGGAGGCCCCACCGGAGAAUAUGGACCCCCCGACAUUGCAAGUCAUAGGCUCACAGUCAAUAGAAAUCACCUGGAAGCCACCAAGAAGCCCCAACGGUCUGAUCAAAAGUUAUGAACUUCGGAGGGAUGGCUCCAUUGUCUAUACAGGCCUGGAAACUCAUUACCAUGAUUUUACCCUCAGCCCAGGUGUGGAGUAUGGUUACACAGUGACUGCCAUCAACAGUCAAGGAAGUAUUUUGAGCCCACUUGUGAAAGUUCGAACCAGCCCUAUGGCACCCUCAGGAAUGAAACCUCCAAAAUUGCACGCCAAGGACCCUUUGGAGAUCUUAGUGGAUUGGGAGCCUCCAGUGAGGACCAAUGGUGAUAUCACAAACUAUACCCUCUUCGUCCGUGAGCUGUUUGAAAGAGAAAUAAAAACCAUACACAUAAAUGAAACACACGGUUCUUCUGGUCCACAGUCAUUCACAGUAAAACGCCUGAAGCCUUUUCACAGGUAUGAAGUACGAAUCCAAGCCUGUAACACCUUAGGGUGUGCAUCGAGUGACUGGACACCCACCCAAACCCUGGAGAUGCCACCCCUGGUGCAGCCAUCCCCACAUCUGGAAGUGCAGACAGCUUUGGGGGGAUUCCAGCCCACAGUUGCCCUGUGGUGGAGAGAACCACUCCAGCCAAAUGGGAAGCUCUUGUACUUUGAGCUGUAUCGCAGACAGGCAGCAACCCACGCUGGGAAAUCCAGUCCAGUGUUGACCUACAAUGGAAGCUCAACCUCGUUUGUAGACUCAGAAUUAUUACCUUUCACAGAGUAUGAGUACCAGGUCUGGGCAGUGAAUUCUGCAGGAAAAACUGCGAGUAACUGGACGCGGUGUAGAACAGGCCCUGCCCCACCGGAAGGUCUCAGAGCACCCACAGUCCACUCGCUCUCCUCCACGCAAGCGGUGCUCAACAUCAGCGUCCCCACGAAGCCCAACGGCAACAUCAGCCUCUACCGGCUCUUCUCCAACACCAGCGGGGCGCACACCGUGCUGUCUGAAGGCAUGGCCACCCAGCAGACACUCCAUGACCUGCGACCCUUCACCACGUACACCAUCGGGGUGGAGGCCUGCACCUGCCUCAACUGCUGCAGCAAAGGACCAGCACUGGAGCUGAGGACUCGCCCGGCUCCGCCCUCAGGGCUGUCCCCUCCACGGGUUCAGACGCUGGCCUCACGGAUGGCCUCCUUCCGCUGGAGCCCCCCGCUACUCCCCAACGGUGUCAUUCAGAGCUAUGAGCUGCAGCUGCAGGAGACCUGCCCCGGGGCCUGCGCGCCGCGCCCCACGGAGACAAGGUACAGGGGCCCCGGGCACAGAAGCAGCCUCGAGGGCUUGCAGCCCCACACCACCUACCAGCUGCGAGUGGUGGCCCACAACGAGGCAGGCGGUGUGGAGUCCACGUGGGUCAGCUUCACCACCAGGAAAGAACUGCCUCAGUACCGAGCCCCGUUCUCAGUGGACAGCAACCUGUCCACAGUGUGUGUGGACUGGACUGGCUCUUUCCUCCUGAAUGGUCAGCUGAAGGAGUUCGUGGUCACCGAUGGAGGACAGCGCCUGUAUAGCGGCCUCGACACAAUCCUCUGCAUACCAAGGACAGUGGACAAAACUUUCUUUUUCCAGGUCACCUGUACUACAGAUGUUGGGAGCGUUAAGACACCAUUGAUCCAGCACGAGCCUGCUACUGGAAUUGGCCUAGUGCUAACAACUCCUGGAGAAAAGAAGGAGUCAGGAAGUAAAAGUACAGAGUUCUACAGUGAACUGUGGUUCAUCGUGUUAAUGGCAGUGCUGGGUCUGAUCUUGUUGGCCAUUUUUCUGUCCCUGAUACUACAAAGAAAAAUCCACAGGGAACCAUAUAUCAGAGAGAGACCUCCUUUGGCACCUCUUCAGAAAAGGACGUCUCCAUUGGGUGUCUAUCCACCAGGGGAAAUGCCUAUGGGACUAACCAAUACCAAAAUUCCCGGGUCCGGGACACCGGUGAGCAUUCGGAGCAGCCGGAGUGUGUCUGUACUGCGGAUCCCAAGUCAAAGCCAGAUCAGCCACACCUACUCCCAGAGACCUCUCCGUCGCAGCGCCAGCCAGCGCAUGGACAUUAAUGACAAGAAAGUUGUGAUUGAUGACUCUCUGUGGGAAACCAUCAUGGGCCACAGCAGUGGACUGUACGUGGAUGAAGAGGACCUGAUGAAUGCCAUAAAGGGGCUCAGCUCCGUGACCAAGGAGCACACCACCUUCACUGACACCCAACUGUGA